AUGGUCGUCGGCGCAGGUCCCGCAGGUUUGGCGGUGGCGCUGAUGUUGGCAAAGAAGGGCUGGGCCGUGUCGGUCUUCGAGCGAAGUAGCGAUCCAGCAGCCUAUGACCCAGGCAAGGGCUUCAUGUAUUUGAUCGACGGCCGCGGGCAGCACUUGCUGCGCUCGCUGGGUCUCUCCAUCUUCGAACGCCUAGUGACCUCGGCGGUCGCCAUGGCGGACGCGAAGAUCGGGGUGCUGACGCCCAAGGGCUUGACGGAGCGGGUGAAUCCCAUUAAGGAUGCAGAUCGGAAGUCCUACUGGAUCCCGCGCCAUGCGUUCGUGGGCUACUUGCUGGAUGCGGCCAAGAGCUGUGAGAACAUCCGACUGCAUUUGGACGCGGAUAUUCAGGACAUCAAGAGUGAUGCCAAUGGUUUCCACAUCAAGACUGGAGAUGGGAUCCGGUCCGCCAGUCUACUGGUGGGUGCCGAUGGAUAUCGCUCCCAAGUGCGAGAGAAGCUUGAGGAAUGGGAUGGAAAGCAGGGAAGAUAUGAGGUGAAGAAAUUUAGCUCACCUUCUGCUGGACUUCGUUACAAAGUUCUAACGCUUCCAGGGGAGUUUGAGCUGUCAACUCCAAAGGGGGUUGAGGCAUUUUCCAGUGACGGCUUCUAUGCUAUUCGAGGUGUCUCGAAGACGAAGUGCAAGCAGAAGCUUGGGCUGAUCCCUGUCUCACAGGACUUUGGCGCGCGCACGGCGAACCUCAUCACCUACGAAGAUGACGUGGUUUGGGAGGCAGACACCGUUGAGAGCUUCAAGAGCUACGCGGAGGAGCAAUGGCCCCACUUUCCCGUGGAAAAAUUGGUGCCGGAGGAGGAACUCAAACGCUUCGCGGAGAAUCGCGGGGGGCGCUUUCCGAGCCCUCAGUACUGCCCAACGGCAGUGUGGAGGAAUGAAGGUGCUGCUGCGAUUCUGCUGGGUGAUGCUCUGCAUUCGCUGCCGCCGGAUAUUGGGCAGGGCGUCAACAGUGCGCUGGAGGACGUGACCGUCCUGGAGUCCUGUCUCGACUCCACGGCAACGUCCACGGAGGCGGUCGAGGAGUUCCAGAAACGACGCCUGCCGGACGUGGAGGCGCUGAUCCGCAUCGUGCGGGUGGCGGCGCCCUUUCAGUACAGCCAGGCACCCUGGCGGGGGCGUCUAUGGAAUGCGUCCUUCCUUUCCAGACUCCUGUUGAACAAGCUCUUGCCCAGCGUGCCUUAG